AUGCACAACAUAGACACGGGCCUUAUUACACAGCCUCAAGACCCCUAUCCGCGCCUCCGCUUUACCCUGGCUCUUCUUCGGCUUGCUGGCCGAGUUCCUACGGGACGAGACUUUCAAACCGGCGACUUUGUUGCUCCGGCAGAAAGCCUCGAGGAGGAUCCACGCCUUUCGCUACCAAACCUGGAGACAUGGCCACUGUGUGAGAAGGGCCGUCUCCGGUCGAUGCGCCUCUUGAUAGAAGCGCUAGAUCUUGUUUCAUUCUAUCCUGCGGGCGAGACCGUUCUCACCGUCCGCGUGCUUGUCAGAGACCUGAGUGUGACCACGUCAACCGGAGCGGCUCGCGGCGAAGAGAGAGAAAACGGCGAUACCAUGGCCGCCGUGGGACUCUGUCUUUCUCCGAAGCCGUAUGAAGGCCGGGAAUGA